AUGCCAUCAGUCGACGAAGCAACCUCGAUCAAAUGGCGCAAGGGCAAUUUGAUCGGGUCCGGGGCCUUUGGCCGUGUUUAUAUGGGCAUGAAUACUCAAUCCGGAGAGAUUAUUGCUGUUAAAGAGGCUCAUACCAAGGUGCUUCAAGAAGAAGUGAGGCUUUUAGAAAACCUGUCUCAUCCGAAAAUUGUUAGAUGUUUAGGAACCGAGAGGGAGGAUGAAACCUUGACUAUGCUGUUGGAAUAUGUACCUGGUGGAUCCAUACAAUCACUAUUGGAGAAAUUUGGAUCUUUCUCUCUUCCUGUGAUUAAAAGAUUCACCAAGCAGUUGUUGCUGGCACUAGAAUAUCUGCACAAGAAUGGAAUCAUACAUGGGGAUAUUAAGGGAGCAAAUAUCCUUGUUGGUAGUAAAGGGCGCAUUAAACUAGCAGAUUUUGGUACAUCCACACAGGCAGCCAUUUCAGGUUCAAAGCCUACGAGGGGUACACCAUACUGGAUGGCUCCUGAAGUCAUUCGUGGGACUGGUCAUGACUUCUCUGCGGAUAUAUGGAGCGUUGGAUGCACUGUGAUUGAGAUGGCCACUGGAAAUCCUCCUUGGAACCAACAGUUUGAAACGAUUGCUGCUUUCUUUUACUGUGUAGGGACAAGCAAGUCUCAUCCCCCAAUCCCUGAGCAUCUUUCUUCUGCAGCAAAAGAUUUUCUGCAUGAGUGUCUGCAAAAGGAACCAACUGUAAGGCCAUCCGCAUCUGAGUUGCUUAAGCAUCCUUUCUUAACUGGGAAAGAAGUGGAGUCUCAGAAUCUUUCUCAUUCUGCCGUCAUGGAAGUAGAAGUGGCAUCCUCAUUUUGCCAAACAAAUUCUGAUGAAAUUGAUAGCAUGUGGGACAACGAUGCAAACUCCAAUUCUGUAUCCAAUCCAGCUAGUGGCGGAACUAGAACGUUGAUUGUGGAGGGAGCCAUCAAACAAGUGUUUUCAAAAAUUUCUAAGUUCUUUAAGAGGUCGAGCAGAGCUACAAGAAAUAUAUCGCAGAAGGGUGAGUUCAGCUAUGCAUCUAUCAUGGUGGCCACACAGAACUUUUCUGAGGAAAAUAAGAUCGGACAUGGGGCAUUUGGACCUGUUUAUAAGGGAAAAUUGGUGACUGGACAAGAAGUAGCUGUGAAAAGGCUUUCAAAGAAUUCAAACCAAGGAGAGUUGGAGUUUAUGAAUGAACUGAGACUCGUGAAUGAACUCCAACACAGAAACAUUGUUAAGAUGUUAGGAUGUUGCAUUCAUGGUGACGAAAAAGUUAUAAUAUACGAGUACAUGGAACACGAAAGUUUAAACUACCACUUAUAUGGUUCCUCCGGUGACUUGCUACUAGAUUGGAAUAAGCGUUUCAACAUAAUUGAAGGAAUUGCUCAAGGGUUGGUUUACUUGCACAAAUACUCCAGAUUGAGAGUAAUUCAUCGAGAUAUAAAAGCUGGUAAUGUUCUACUUGAUGCACAAAUGAAUCCCAAAAUUGCUGAUUUUGGUUUAGCGAAGAGUAUAGCAGAUGAUGAAGAGACAGUAACAACUACGAGAAUUUGUGGGACAAUGGGUUACAUGGCUCCGGAGUACCUCAUGACGGGCAUCUUAUCCAUGAAAACCGAUGUCUACAGUUAUGGAGUGUUAAUGCUUGAAAUCAUAAGCGGUAACAAAAAUCACAAAGCUGGCCUCAACUCUUUGGUAAAAGAUGCAUGGCAGCUAUGGCAAAAAGGUGCAGGGCUAGAACUAGUGGAUCCAAAACUUGAAGCUUCUAGUAUUAACGAAGAUCAAUUGUUAAGAUGCAUCCAUGUUGGUCUGCUGUGCACGGAAGAAAAUGAAGAUGAUCGGCCGACCAUGUCAGAUGCGAUAUCUAUGUUGACAAAUGAAAGAGUGCCUUUGCCUAAACCAAUAAUGCCAGCAUUUUCUAGGCCAGCAUCUUCUAGCUUCAUGACUACUGGUGGUAUACAUGGAAAUGGACCAGAAACUAUGUCCAUCAAAGGUUUAUCAACACUUGGCCAAAGUAUUGACUUUACAAUGAACAGUAUGUCCUAUUCUGAUUUCGGCGGACGUUAA